AUGUUUGUAAAUGAUAUAGCAUUGAUAGAACAUCUGGGAGAAGUCAACAAUAGGCUAGAGAAAUGGAGACUAGGACUUGGAGGAAAGGGACUAAAUGUGAACAGAAGUUAUAAACAGAGUAUGAGUAUGGAGAAACAGCAUGAUACAGGUAACGCCAUAAGAGGUUAUGGUAGACAAGGUUGA